CUUUUGGCGCCUUUUGUUAUUAGAGGAUCAUGUGUUCAGGUUCUGACCUCAGUCUGCCGAACUGAUUUGAGGAUUUAGAUGUCCUGAAACUCGCAUCGGAAGGACUUUUCCUCUAAGAAUUUAAGUUGAACUGGACUGAUCAAGAUGUAUCGGAACAGAUUCAAGAAGAAAGCCGUCUCUAGAACAACGAGCUCGACUGUGAGCAACGCAGGGGACAGUUCAGUCGUCAGCCUUUCCUCUACAGCUGUCACCACUGAUAACGAAGAAACAUCCAUUUCAAAUGCAUCAGCUACCAAAACGCAGACCAGAAACAAAACACCAGGCAGCAAGAAAAAGCCAGAAGAGUUUCCCACUGAGAAAUCCUUCCUGUCGCCAGCACCAUCUCCCAAGAUGAAAACUCCAACAAGAAGGGCUCCCAUGAGAGAAAGCAACGCGUCCUCCCCAGUUUUGAAUGUGACCCGCAGGAAACCCAGAAGGGCCCAGGACCCUGAGCUGCCCUUCUUCAACAGCAUCCUUGCUUCCUGCGGAUUGAAGUUUGAACCUGAGGGCGAUGAGCCGCACAUUCUUGACCAAGAGCAAAUUUACUUUGUCAGAGACUUUCAAGAGGCCAUCGAAAAGCCGGAGAACAAGAACAAAGUCAAGGACUUUGUAGAUCAGUUUGUGACACUUCAUGACAAUGAUACAAGACUCCUAAAGAAGUCGCUGAUGCCUACUAAGCGGAUGAUACAAAACGUAGGGUACGCUACACAUGAUUCCCUGACUCACCUGCUUCUUGAAGUUCCACAAAUGCAAGAUCAAAUCUUCGAUUUCUUGAACUCAAAGCUCUUGGAAAAUGUAUCAGAGGGCAAUGAACGGAGAACAAAUGAAGGCCUAAACUGUGUUCAGUGGACCAAGCUCCUGCUGCAUCAACUAGUUGACCUCACCUUUGUUGAAAAUGCUGAACAAAUAACGUCUAAACUUCUUGAAUGCUUUACGUUCUGCCAAUCAUCAAAUACCCAGAAAGAGUUCCUGCACGCAUUCCCUUCAGUUAUUUACGUGGGCAAUCAACAGGAGGUUGUCAAAUGCCUCAGUAAAGUGCUGAAAGAGAGCGGUGAAAUCACCCCUCAGCUUCUGGACGCCUUGUGCGACAUGGCUGCAAGUCAAGAGGAUCGAGAUUUCAUCACUGCGAGCGUUGUCAAUAUGCUGAAAAAUGGCUCUCGCAAGUUCAUUCCUGAGGUGGUGUCUUUCCUGUUGGCCCACGCCAGGUAUGAAAGCGACAAGGCACAAAUUAUUCAACAGCUGAGGCAAAAUGCGGAACUGACUCCUUUUGGCAUCAACGAGGCUAAAUUGGCGGAGGACAAGGCAAUGCUCAAAAGAGUUGUCGCCCAAAUUGGAUGCGGCUUGAAUGCCAUGCAAGAAGUGGGAGAUUUGUGGCUAAACAUCAUUGCUAACACUCCAAAUCUAAAGCCUAUUGAUGUGAUCGUGCUGAUUUGCAUGGUCUCUGAAGGAAAGAAAAAGAAAAUCCUGUCCCUCGUGAAGAGCAAAUGUGCUGCAGGAGCAUUGAGUGAAAAUUUGAUUGAUACCACUUUUGAGCAUCAUGGACAGGCGCUUUGUGAGUACUUCGACAACAUAGUGGAGAUUGCUUCUUUCCUGAUCAAAGUUCAAGAUAAAUUUAUUUCGUUCCUCGGCGGACAUUGGUUCAAACUGCUGUUCCUGCACUUGGAAGCUCCUUACAUGAGACAAAAACUGCUGUGGUGCCUGAUCAACCUGCUUGGCGUGAACAGCGCAAGAGCUACUGAAAGUGUGUUGGUGACGUUGUCGAAUCUGGUGAAGAACCACAUGAGCGAAAUCCUUCCCCAGGCUUCCUUGCUGAUGGUGCCAGAGAGCUUGCUUGACAAGGUUGAGAUAGUUUCCCUCGAACACGCGCGCAAAAUCAUGGACAUCAUCUGCCAACUUGCUUAUUCAGGGCAUUCCCAAGCUGACAUGUUGCAGAGUGACAUUAACAUCUUGAUCCAGAAGCAGCUCCGAAGUUUGGACAACCAGAACAAGCGUAAAGGCAUUGUCGGAGCAAUUAUGGCCACAAAGCACAUAGCUGUGGGAGUACUAGGAAAUAAUGACACCAACUUUGAUGAUAGUUUAGAUGGGCAGAGCACCACUUCUUCAGAAAGAUCUUCCGUGCAACUAAGCUUCCAUCUGCAUCCUGCUCAAUGUCUGAUAGAUCUUGCAUUCAAGAACACUAUGAAAAGCCCAGAGUUGCGUGGAUUUCUCCAUGACGAGCUGGCUAACAUGCUAAAUAGCAGCGUUAUUGAUCGUUCGUUCCAGGAAUGGCUGCACGCCUCAAUUUCUGCUAUCUUUUCUGAGCAGUAUUUUAUAAGCAAAGAGGAUCUUCCAAAGCUUGAUCUUCCAAAAGAUGUGAAGCUGACAACAGACCUUCAUCUGAUAGCGACUACAGGUGCUAUUAUUGCGUCAAUCGGAGACCAUGUUGUGCAAGAUGCAAUGAAAGCCUCUGCGGUCACUAGUGCAAACUCCCAGCCAAUCGCCUGGCCUGCAGUCAACAUGUGCCCAAUGUUCAGGCUCACACGAAUUUUGAGCUUUCAAGUCAACGUGCAGUGCUUAAGUGAAAUGGAUGCCACCCUCGUGUGUCCAGUGUUGAUCCCAAUGAACAUGCUGCAAAUUUCCAGAGCUGAGUUUUCGAGCAUUUCAAAUCCACUGGUGCAAAUCAGCAUCUUGGACUCUCUCUUCAUCGCAGUCAACUGGUUUAGAGAGCUGAUCAGUGCAUUUUGCGCGGUUGAAAGCGGAAAAUACGAAGAAAAGUUGUUUCAGCGAAUCAGGCAUAUUACCUAUCUGGAGUCAAAGAUUUUGGAGCUGAUGCCAGUUUUCCCUCCUGAAUAUGUGCCCCCUGCCUCUCAAUUCUAUGCUGAUGUCAUUCCAUACAAACGCGGCGCAGCCGGAAAGAAGCCCAAGAGUAAAAAGAAGAGCAAACGCAAGAAGAAACCAGCUGUCACCCAAAGCUCUUUGCACCCUGCCUUGGACGACGUGGACUUUGAUGUCAAUGGAAAUGAGGAUGAAGACACCGAUUUUCAGGAGGAGGAAACCGAGCUUGACUUGAGCAAAGAAUAUUCUCUCAAGGACUUGAGCGCAUACUUCCGCGAGUUGGAUAUCACGAUUGUCAUUCGACUUCUGCAGCAUUGCUUAGUCAUCGACGACGAGCCUCAAGAUAUUAGUAAUCCAGCCGCUAAAUUCGGGCCUGUAGAGCUUGUUUUUAUUCUUGAAGACAUGCGCAAGAAGUUGGAGCACUGCAUGGAUCAGAAGCCGGGAAUCCUGGGUUCCAAGAGCUCCAAACCAUUUCCAUUUGCAUUUGGUGCAGAUGACAAAUUGACCUCCUCAAUCAAGGCCAACGCCACUCUGCACUUCCAUUUGGACUUGUUAGACACCAAGGUGAAUGCCGCCAACUUCGUGGCACCUAUGGGAGCCAUUUGCGACAAACUUGAGCAGGUGGUCAAGUUCUUCAAGGAUCUGCAAGAAAAGAAUGAUGGCUUGAAAGAUGGUCCUGGUUCAGAGACCGAAAAAUCCAAGUUGCUGCAGAAGAGCAUGUUUCUGAUGAUAUGCUGUUUGAAGAGCGCGCUCGGCUGGUCCGGCCUCUAUGAAAAAGAAAACUUUGACAUUGCGGAAGAAAUUCUGACUACAAUUGCGAAGAGAGCUAAAAGAGAGGAAGAAAUGACAUCCAAAUCUGGGAUUGUCUCUCUAGCCUGUGAAUACAUCGCAAACUUUGGAGAAUGUAUUUUAACCCUACCAACUGCAGUGGAGAUAGUUGAACUUCUCCAGGUAAUCAAUUCCCAUGAUCCAGACCAAUCUGGCGAGUUGGCCAAGAAAAACAGGAAGUUGAUUUUCGAAUUGGCAUGCUCCUUCAUGCGUGAUGAAUGGCCUUCUGUUCCCAAGGAGUUUGGGUCCGAAGUGCAGAUGACAGUUCGGUUAAUCCAAGCUCGAUAUGCCACUGGCAAUAAGCCCUUGAUUAGGUGCGUGAAGUUACUGAAAUACCUUGUCGAAAACGCUGGAGAACUGAAAGGGAAGAAUGGUGGAAAAAUUUCCAAAAUGCCGCUCUUUUCAAGAGCUUCCUUGCCAAGCAUAUUCAAGGUGCUGUCCAAAACUCUGGUGGAAACUUCAAAAGCUGCUAUUGUUGACGCUGAGACCGCCACUCAAAACACCGACUUAUUUGAAACAACGUAUGACCUGUGGGAGGUUAUUUUGGAAGGACUGAUUGCUAUGAGAGACGUCGCUAAAGAGCACGAGACCAAAGCUCUCUUUACUGCUUUCUUCAAGGACAGUCAACCAAUUUUGCGUUUCUUCAUGGACAAUGGACUGCCGCUGAUGGAGGAAUUCUUCAGCGAAAAAUACGAGAAGAUUAAAAUUAUUUUAAAGAAAGUGCAAAGCGUGACAAAGUACAUUCACAGCCUGUGCACUCACGGAAAGAUCACAAAUCAACUGGGCUUAGUUACCCUGGUGCCGAACAUGAGGUUCCUGAUGGAGAAGUUGGUUCUGCGAGUGAAAGCCAUGCUUGUUCUUCAUGACUGCGGUGAAAUGUUCGAUGUUGGCAACUUGAAGAACUAUAACCUCAAGGGCGAGAGUAUUUCCUCGCAGAUCGGAGGGGAUGAUAGUGAAGAUGAAGAUGACAAGAAGGUGUCGCAGAAAAGGAAAAUCGCCCAAAAAUCCCAGAAGAGCUCCAAGUCUCAAGCUCCAACAAAAUUGCAAACCCAAAGAAAAUCUCAAGCCUCGACAAGUCAAAUUGUUGCUGGCAAAAAGUUGGUACAGAAAACACAGAUGAAACGAGUUGUGGAGGAAAAGGAAAAGGCAAGUGAAGAGUCUCCUCAAAGCAGUUCAAAGAAGCAGAAGCGGGUCGUUUCUGAAAGUGACUCAUCUGAAGAGGAAGAAGCCCCUAGUUCCAAGAAGAGAAAGCAACAGGCUGCUAGAAAAGUGGUGUCGGCCAGUGAAGAAGAUGAGGAGGAGGAAGAGGACGACAGUCCCCCAAGCAGUCCUAUUGUUACAGGGAAAAAGAGAGGGGCUUUGCAGAGAAAGCAGUCUUCGGAAGAUGAAGAGGUACAAAGUCCAGUAAAGAAAAAGAGCAAAGAUAAGUCUCCAAUGAAAAGACGGCUUUUCCAUGACAGUGGAGUUGAGGAGGAGGGGAAUGCGCAGUCUCCAGCUCAAGAGAAAAGAGGAUUGAAUACCUCUAUUAUAAGUUCAGCCCUAAAGAGGGGAAGAAAGAUAUAUUCUUCCGACAGCGACUGAAGUUUGUUCUAUGGACCAAUUAUGUACAUUUAAUUUUUAGUCAUAAGCAUUAAUAAACGUUAUGAAACCAA